AUGCUAGGCGGGACAACAUUACCAUACCUUGUUUUGCACGGUGGUGGAAGUCGCCAGAAGUCGCCAGAAAUCGCUUUGCCUUCGCAAACACUCGCCGGAAAUCGCCUACAACGCCGCAAUGCACUCGCUGGAAAUCGCCUCUCACAAGCUUCGACAAGCCUAGCAUCGGGAACCGAAACGUCACAAGUCUUCGCAGCCUUGCCGACACAUGGCACCCAUGCACAGGGGAGCCCAAUCGCCCUCACCUCCCCACUUGCGCCUACACUUCGAACGUUUCGCCUUCUCCCUUUCUUCUCCUUUUUGAGACAGAGCACAACUUUCACAGCAUACAGUAGGCACGCACGGGUCGAGUUUUCACUUACCCCUCGUUCCGAAUGGCAGGCAUGCACGGGUCGAGUUUUUCACUCACCUCUUGUGCCGAACGGCAGGCACGCACGGGUCGAGUUUUCACUUACCCCUCGUGCCGAACAGCAGGCGCGCAUGGUCGAGUUUUCACUCACCUCUCGUGCUGAACGGCAGGCGCGCACGGGUCGAGUUUUCACUCACCUCUCGUGCUGA